CCAGUUUUUUCUAGCAGCCCAAUUUCUGAUUGUCAAUUGCCAAAGAAAAUCAGCUGUGUAUAUUUCAAUACUGGUUUCUGUCUUGUAGCCUAGAUUUUGUAAUAAUUCAACAUGGGAAAUGAAAGCUCUCUACCUAUGGAGCUCUGCUCUAAUUUCGAUGCAGACGAAAUUAGGAGAUUAGGCAAACGAUUUCGCAAACUGGAUUUGGACAAUUCUGGCGCACUGAGCAUAGACGAGUUUAUGUCGCUACCCGAACUGCAGCAGAAUCCACUCGUGCAGCGGGUUAUCGAUAUUUUCGACGAGGACGGAAACGGCGAAGUCGAUUUCAAAGGUCAGUAUUCUAUCGAUAUAUAUAGUGUCGAUAUAUCGAGAUAUAUAACGGCGAUAUAUCGAUAUAUGUAUAACGUUCUGAAAAUGAUGGUAGGCAACAAUUUGAAAGACACCCAGCUGCAGCAGAUCGUUGACAAGACCAUUCUGUUCGCUGACAAGGACGAAGAUGGCAAAAUCAACUUCGAAGAAUUCUGUUCGGUUGUCGGAAACACAGACAUACAUAAAAAGAUGGUUGUGGAUGUGUGAGUUUAACUCGCCCCAACUUAUACAUAUAUGAAUAUAAAAACAAACUAAAUUGUAUAAUUUAAAUCGUCUUCUUCAGCUUGUUCUAUACUGCUGUUGUUAUUCAACUCUAAAAUUGCCAUCUUUUGGUGUCGAGUUAUUCAUUCAACUAUUGUGCAAUUAUCAUAAUGUUAAUUUAGUAUGUCGAAGAGAUCGUUGAGAGUUGAUUGAUGAUCAAGAGUCAAUCAUCGAUUAAGAUUUGAUCGACGAUCAAGAUCUGAUCGACGAGUCGAUUGGCGAGUUAUCUCCUUCUCCUUCUAACUGCCUGCCACUCUAUCAGUGUUGUUUCAUUUGUAUUAUUAUCAUUAUCAUAGUCAUCUCAUUCGUAUCAGUGCUUCAUCCGUUUUAAACAUUUCAUUCAAAGUCCAGUAUUAUAGAGGUAUUAGUUUAGGGCUGUGAAAUGGAACUAAAAACUCGAAACCACCAGUUUUGUAAACGAGAAUCGGAGUUUAUCAUUGAUCAAACCGGGUUCAGUUAAGGAUAUAAAAUUAAUUCAAUUCUGUUAAUAGACAGAUAAAAUGUCUUUUUUUGCACUUUAUAACAUUGCAGGUGAUGUGGGCGAAGUAUACAUAGGAAUUGGGUUAAUUGGAAUCUUAGUAGAACCAGAAAAGUACCGUACAUUUUUUCAAAUUAAACAUUAUGUUCUCUUACGAUCAUUUUAGAUUGUAUGAUUUGUUGGUUGAAUAAAUGGAAUAUAUCGAUUGAAUUGAUCAAUCAAGAAUCGUAUAAAAAGGUUGAUCUUGAACGGUAAACUCCAGUUAUCAGAAUAAGGGUCAGUCCACAUUAAGCGUUUUUUCAGGCGCCAACCCAAUGAGCCAAUCGGAGAGCUUCUUGCCCUGACGACUCUGAAAACGCCGUAAUAUGGUCUGGCCCUAAUUCUCACUAAUGAUUGAAGAUUUGAUCUCGUUCACCAGUCAU